GUCCAAACAUAAGUUAAAGCGAAUUGCGCAUUGGUUUGUUGUAAUGUCACCCAGUUGACGAUAGCAUACGAAAGACGGGGGUCGUGAGAACCUGUUGGCCCCAAGGCGAUAACUACUUUAACCGAUUCCGAUAUAGUCACUCACUACCGUAUCUUUACACACGUCUCUUACUUCGCUCGGAUUUUUAGCAUUGGAUAAAGCAUACCUCUGAGCAGGUGUCCAUUUUAGGACGGAUGGUGACGUCAUUCGAUACCAGAAAACCCUCUACACCGACAUUACGUGCGAAUAUGCGCUUUUGUGGUGGAUCCGAGUGUUGAUGCUGUGUGUGCUUUAAAAGGAUACAUUUUUACUCAUUCUCUCUCGUCUAAGGAUCUGAUAUGGAAUCUUCCACGUGGUGUUGGAGUUUGAUUCUCACUCUAUGUUUCAGCGCUAAGGUAUCGUCGAGCGGUGUUUUCGAACUCCGUCUUCUAUCAUUCUCUAACGAUUAUGGUCGUGACGCCGAGGGAAAUUGUUGUCACGGAUAUCGGUCGGGCCAUGGUGCUUGCAGUGGAAUCUGUAGUACUAGAUUUCGGGUCUGUCUUAAGCAUUAUCAGACGACCAUAGAUCCUAGUCCUCCCUGUACGUUUGGAGAAGUUUUAACACCCGUCAUCGCCAAUAACACGUUUAACGUCAACCAGAAGACGCCGGAUUUUGUUAAUCCCAUUCGAUUUUCCUUCGAAUUCUCGUGGCCGGGCACGUUUUCCUUGAUAGUCGAAGCUUGGCACGAGUCUACGCCCGAAUCGGGAGGUAGCGGACGAACUCUGAUAACUCGUCUCGCCACGCAAAGAUGGUUAGACGUGGGUCCGGGAUGGAUUCAAGACAAUCAUCACACUAAUCACACCACCUUAACUUAUUCGUAUCGAGUGCUAUGCGACGAGCAUUACUACGGCGACGAGUGUACCAAAUUGUGUAGGCCCAGAGACGAUAAAUUCGGCCAUUACAGUUGUAGUUCUAGCGGAGAGAAGAUAUGUCUACCUGGAUGGACGGGAGAAUAUUGUGGCAAAGCUGUUUGUUUGACUGGAUGUCACGAUCAGCACGGCUUCUGUGAGAAACCCAACGAAUGCAAAUGUCGAAUAGGUUGGCAAGGAAGACUGUGCGAUCAGUGCAUACGUUAUCCUGGAUGUCUGCACGGCACUUGCAAUCAACCAUGGCAAUGCAAUUGUGAUGAAGGUUGGGGUGGACUCUUUUGUAAUCAAGAUUUAAAUUACUGCACCAAUCACAUGCCAUGCAAGAACGGAGGUACUUGCACCAACACUGGUCAGGGAUCGUACACAUGUACGUGUGCAGACGGAUUCAGUGGGACUAAUUGCGAACACGGAGUCGAUUCCUGUGCCCAGCAACCCUGUCAAAACGGAGGAAUCUGCAAGUCUGAUAAUAGGAGAGAAGAUUACGUAUGCGAAUGCCCCGAUGGCUAUUUUGGACGACAUUGCGAAACUUCAGUCAGUGCGUGCAGCGAAUCGACAUGUUUGAAUGGAGGAACGUGUAUCGAUGAUGCACCCGGUUUUGCAUGCAUCUGUAGAAAAGGUUUCGAAGGCUUUCAAUGCGAGCAGCAGAAGGAUAAAUGUGAACCGAAUCCUUGCAAAAAUGGUGGAACUUGCGUUGGUUCCGAUGAUUCCGACACCUACAAAUGUAUAUGUCCUACGGGAUUCAAAGGAAGUCUUUGCGAACAAGACAUUGACGAUUGCAUCGAGAAUCCGUGCAUCAAUGGAGGUUCUUGCAUCGACGAUGUUAACUCGUUUCGUUGCAUGUGUGUACCCGGUUAUGUCGGGAGUCUAUGCCAAACUAAUGUGGAUGACUGUCUUACCAAGCCUUGCGCUAACGGUGGCACCUGUUUUGAUCUCGUCAACGAUUAUAGUUGUGCGUGUCAGUCGGGCUUCACCGGUAAAGAUUGUUCUGUUAACAUUGACGACUGUUCUUCGACGCCUUGCCAAAAUGGUGGAACUUGCGAGGAUUUGGUGAACGAAUACUCGUGUCAAUGUCCUCCCGGUUAUAGUGGUCAACAGUGUGAAAUUGGUCCCACGUUACGAGGUGUUCUUCAACGCCCGAAAGAAGAAUAUUCUUCUACUAAUAAAAGCAUUCCUUUGGAUAAUUCUGUGCGCGAAGAUGGAAAUUUGGAAGUAUCUCAUCAGAAAUAUGAUGAACAACAUGACCAAACCAAGAGAUUGUCUUCUCAACAAUUAGCUCUAAUUGCUACGAUGUCAGCUGCAGUGCCAAUUGUGGCACUGACUGCCGUUGUGGUUAUUCUGUUUCUGAGAUGCCGCAAACGCAAGAAACAUCAAGCUCAAGAAGAAGAAAUCAUGAAACAGAACGAACAAAACGCGGUCAAUUGCAUGAACAAUAAAUGCCCGGAUCAUCCAUUGAUCAUAAACACUUUAGGUCCAAAAAAUCUCAAACUGACCAACGAAGACGCUCUGUCGAGAGAUCAGAGCGUUUCCGCUCUUCAUAGGACCAGAUCCACAAAACUCUUGAAUACAGAGUGUGAAAGUAAUAGAACAAGUAAAGUGUUAGAUUUAUCAGAGACUGCCAAAGAAUCGCAGAACACGAUGCUUCAACAGCAAAAAUGUGGACAAAAUAAAGACUCGCUGGCUAUCGUACACGAUCCAGUUACUAAAAGCAGCGAGGCGUCAUCUCAAGAUGUAUGUCCACACAGUAGCAUCUACGUCAUAGAGGACCAUUAUCCUCAGGCCUCUUACGCCGAGGGAGCAUUGGCAACAGAGGUAUGACCAAGUUGAACGGGGGAACCUUUUCACAACUACCCAAAGUCCUAUUUAUUUCAAAGCGGACUCGAUUCUGCCCUUUUGUCGCCGAGGGAGCGAACAGCGAACGUGUCCCCUAGAAAAAGCCAAGGGGGAGUCGUCUCAACAGAAGGAAGUGCCUUGACGCAUGAAUAUUGCUAUUUAUACUAUGUAUAAAAUAGCAGAAAACGCAACAGACACGUGACGUAUGCGAGAAAGUUCCUCGUCACAACAUUAAUUUAUGAUGGAAUAUUCGAAUGAAUUUUUUUCCAUUACACUUAAACAAUGGAAUAAGCGGAACAAGUGCUUUUCCGUGUUUUGUGCUUUUUGGAAAAAAGCAAAUUUAAAAAAAAAUAUUUCGAACUGUUCCAAGUGGAACGUCUGUAUAUAUUUCUGUAUAUUUAUAGUAAUUGUCGUUGUAUAUAGUUUCUCCGCCAUCAAAGAAUGUUGAUGUCACAUUACAGCUUAUGAUUUCAUGUCAUCCCUUUGUAAAUAAAUAAAAAAAAAACUUGC